AUGGAAAGGAAAAUAAUUAUUUUACUUUUUGUUUCGUUUUUCAUCGGCGUUGGCCUCUCGAUCUACCCGCUAAUUAUCGCAUUUCGCAAAGAACAAAAAGAAGUUCAAGAAAAUGGCCAUCUAGAAGCAGCAGAAUUUUUCGAAGUCAAAGCUUUUUAUCGCGGAAAAUUAACUGAUGCAAUUAUUUCGCCAACACUUCUCCAAUACGAGGCUGCACAAGCGUUUUGCUUGGAAAAGAACAGUUCCAUGCUAGAGAUGAAAAUCGACACAUUCAUGCCCAUUCCCGACCAUAUUCAUCGACUAACCUUUCUUUAUUGGAUAAAAGCUGAGUUCUCUCAAGAUCUCGAUGGUCUUGAAAUCAACGAAGAGUACCGCGAAAAAAUUCAAAAUGAGCUUGACCGCAGUAAAGCAAGGCCUGGAUACAUCUUCUUUAUGUAUACAGUUUGCAAUCUGCCCAACAAAUGCUCAUUUUGCUUGUAUAAUGAACCAACCAUAGAAACAAAUAGUAGGGAAUUUGAAUUCGUCUGCGCUGAUAGAGUUUACGAAGAUGGAAAAAUCCUGGUUCAAGUUGAAGCUGAACCCGAUUGUGAUGUCUUACAGCUGAACACAACAUUUGUGGAGAAGAACAAUCUUUUUCUUGGCCCUGAUAAUAACCCUUUUUGGAAGCGAGUCGACAACAUCAAAGGAACGACUUCCAGGAAAAUUCUUUCUGGAUACUUCGAAAAAGGCGGUGAAACUGGCGAUAUUCCAUGGUGCGAAAACAAUCCAAAUCGUCUCCAGGGUGCAUAUAUUUACGAAAACGAAGUCUAUCUCGGAAACAAAGCGAAAAAAGCAUUUGCAACACAUUUCCAAAAAUGGGGAAAACUAACCGACGCUAGAAUCGUCAAAGCAGGAAAGAAAUCAAAAUCCCGUGGUUUCGCCUUCAUCACAUUUGCUGAUCUAGAAUCCGCAAAGAAAGCGAAAGAGGAAGCUCAUGAAAGCUCAUGGAACGACAAAAUAAUUCGAGUUGACUAUUCGGUCACGAAACGCGGUCACAGUCCAACGCCGGGGGUUUACAAAGGCCAUGCAACUGAAAAACUUGCUGUUUCGAAAAAAGUAGUGAAUUUGGAACCAGGUCCCGAUCGAGGGAGAGAUAUCGAAGGAAAUCGAGAAGCAGAUCGAGGGAUAGAAGAAGAUCCAGAUCAAGAGACCGAAGAAGACGAUCAUCUCGCUCAAGAUCAAGAUCUCGAGACAGAAGAAGAUCCAGAUCCCGCUCCCGGUCCCGCGAUCGUCGAGACCGAAAACGCUCGCGCUCAAGAUCGAGAGAGCGCGAACGAGACCGAAGAUAUAGAAGAUAUUGAAGAUUAUUCUUCAUGA